UUGGCAUUGGUACAUUUACUGAAGUAGAAAGUGUGAAUACUUUGUCACCACUGGUAUUGUUGUGGGUUUCCUGAGGCUGUAGCAGUGACAGUGCGAAAGGAAGAGGAGGAGGAGAAAAGGAAGGAAGGACGGAGGAAGGAUACCGCGUAUGACGACGGUGCCACCGUUGCUAGCCCGGAGUUCAGGUUCAUUGUAUCUCCCAGGGAUUUAAUAGAAGCAGAGUACUAACUAAACACCACAGGUCUUCUGCUGGUCGGUGUUGUCUUCUUGUUGUUUUCGUUCUCUGUGAGAAUAAAGGGCGAGGGAAUAAUGGCUGCAGUUUCUCCACAGAUCGGAGGACUUCCGACAGACGAGAAUGGCUCCAGAAUCCUAAAAGUGAAAGUGGUUGCGGGAAUUGGGCUGGCCAAAAAAGAUAUUCUUGGAGCCAGUGAUCCAUACACAAGACUUUCUCUCUAUGACCCCAGCAAUGGAGAAAUCACAAGCCUUCAAACUAAAACGAUAAAAAAGACACUGGACCCAAAGUGGAAUGAAGAGUUCUUUUUCAGAGUUAAUCCCAGGAAGCACCGUCUGCUGUUGGAGGUGUUUGAUGAGAACCGCCUGACACGUGAUGACUUUCUUGGCCAAGUGGAUGUCCCCUUAAGUCAGAUACCGACAGAAAAUCCUAAUAGAGACAGGCCAUACACAUUCAAGGAUUUUCUGCUUCACCCACGAAGCCACAAGUCCAGGGUCAAAGGUCAUCUGCGACUCAAAAUGACCUACUUGCCAAAAAGCUCAGGUUCAGAGGAGGAAAGAGCAGAUCACACCGAGGACGUGGAUCCUGGUUGGGAGCUUCUUGAGUCUCAGGACAUGUCAGGUCCCAGACAAAGCCAACGUCUGCCUCCUCUGCCCCCUGGCUGGGAGGAGCGGCAGGACAACCUGGGACGAAUAUACUAUGUCAAUCACGAGAGCAGAACAACACAGUGGCAACGACCUACAAUGCAGGACAGGGAUUUGGAGAUUCAAAGAAGACAGAACAACAAUGCGGAAGUGGAGCAUGCGUUUAUUACACGCAGACAGAUCUCAGACCCUGAAGAGAACACCACACGAGAGUCUCCAGAGAGCUGGGAGAUCAUUACAGAGGAUGAGUCCACCUUGUAUCACAGCGGUAACCAGCUCACAUCACCUCCACCCCACAAUCCUGCGGAUUUCCACUUACUCUGCGAUGAGCUGAGAGACGUUCGCGUUUCAAGGCACACAUCUCAGACGGAUCAUGCUAGUAAUUCAAGCCAUUCCAGUCGCAGAGAAAGUGGAGUGGAGCAUCCUGUUAAUCCUGGGCUGCUUCCAACCACAGCUGGGCUGCCUCCAGGUUGGGAGGAGAAGUGGGACAGUAAAGGAAGACGCUACUUCAUCAACCACAACACACGAACCACUACAUGGACGCGACCUGUCAUUCAGACAACAUUGGAGGCAGCAGCACAGACCGGUGCAGGUUUAUCUCAAAACACCACACCAUCCCAACCAGCUGUGCCCUCCACAGAGUCUCCUCAGCAACCCUCAAGCUCUGAAUCUGGUUUCCUGCCGGCUGGUUGGGAGGUUCGAAGUGCUCCCAGUGGAAGACCUUUUUUCAUCGACCACAACACAAAGACAACUACCUGGAAAGAUCCCAGGGUAAAAAUGCCUGGGCACCCAAGGAGAGUAUCCUCACUCGACCUUAAAGAUCUUGGCCCUCUGCCCCCUGGCUGGGAGGAGAGGGUCCACACUGAUGGGAGGAUAUUCUACAUAGAUCACAACACCAGGACCACACAAUGGGAGGAUCCCAGAUUACAGAACUCAGCUAUUACUGGACCAGCUGUGCCUUAUUCCCGAGAUUAUAAACAGAAGUAUGACUACUUCCGGAAGAAGAUGAAGAAACCGGCUGACAUCCCAAACCGGUUUGAGAUGAAGCUGAAGCGAAAUACUGUGCUGGAGGACUCAUACCGACGCAUCCUCUCAGUAAAGAAGACAGAUCUGUUGAAAGCACGACUGUGGGUGGAAUUUGAGGGAGAAAAAGGCCUGGACUAUGGUGGCGUGGCCAGGGAGUGGUUCUUCCUCAUGUCCAAGGAGAUGUUUAACCCGUACUAUGGAUUGUUCGAGUAUUCUGCCACGGACAAUUACACACUGCAGAUUAAUCCUAACUCAGGUUUGUGUAAUGAGGACCACCUGUCCUACUUCAAGUUCAUCGGCCGUGUGGGAGGCAUGGCUGUGUAUCAUGGGAAACUGCUCGAUGCUUUCUUCAUCCGGCCUUUCUACAAGAUGAUGCUGCAGAAGCCAAUCAUUCUCCAGGACAUGGAGUCCGUUGACAGUGAAUAUUUUAACUCCUUGAUGUGGAUUUUGGAGAACGACCCAACAGACUUGGAUUUGAGGUUCGCUGUUGAUGAAGAGCUGUUUGGACAGACUCACCAGCAUGACCUGAAGCCAGGCGGCUCUGAGAUUAUUGUAACUAAUGAAAACAAGAGAGAAUACAUCCACCUGGUAAUUCAGUGGAGGUUUGUGAACAGGAUACAGAAGCAGAUGACUGCCUUCAAGGAGGGAUUCUUUGAGUUGAUACCACAAGAUCUGAUCAAGAUCUUUGAUGAGAAUGAGCUUGAGCUGCUCAUGUGUGGUCUUGGAGAUGUGGAUGUAAAUGACUGGAGAGAGAACACCAAGUACAAGAAUGGCUACUGCCCCAACCACGUAGUUAUUCAGUGGUUCUGGAAAACAGUGCUGUUGAUGGAUGCAGAAAAGCGAAUCCGGCUCUUACAGUUUGUGACGGGAACAUCCAGGGUCCCAAUGAAUGGCUUUGCUGAACUCUAUGGGUCUAAUGGACCACAGCUGUUCACCAUUGAGCAAUGGGGAACACGUGAUAAACUCCCUCGAGCCCACACGUGCUUCAACCGGCUGGACCUUCCUCCUUAUGAGUCCUUUGAGGAGCUGAGGGAGAAACUUCACAUUGCCAUUGAGAAUGCACAAGGCUUUGACGGGGUGGAUUAAUGCAGGUGCGGUGAAUGAGCUGAGUUGCUAUUUGCUGCCGUCAGACGCUGAUGAGAGAAACGAGCCAUGCAUCAGUCUCUCAGGUCUUAACCUGCCAGCUGUGUGACACAGUCUCUGUUGGUGCACACGUGGAGAAAGGAUAAUAAAUCUGGAGUGACAGAGGUAUCUAAUCACUCCAUGUGUUCUAAUGUUUACAAAUCAGGAUUUCUUUUUUCUUUUUCUUAUUUUUUGAUUCUUCAUUGUAUGUUGCUCUAAAGUGUAUUCACUUCUAUUUGUUUGCUUUAAAUAUUUUAACAUGAUUCUGUGAAACAGCAAUAUUACAGAUUUAUUAAUGUGAAUGCAAAGCUUUAUACAACAAAAAACACCUAACUUUGAAAACCACUUCAUUGGGGCUGAAUUGCCUUCUCCCAUCAGACCCAGUUCUGUUGCUCCUGUUCACUUCGCUACAUGUUAGGGGUGUUAAGCUGGACCAUGAGUUUGAAUCGUCAAGCACAUUAUGGUGAAGUCACCAAGUUAAAGUAUAAUAUAAGGAAAGUCUUGGUGCUCGCUGUAUGAGUGGAAAAACUAGGGCUGUGUUCACAUUACAGACUUGAAAACUCAAUUCCAAUAUUUUUGUCAGGUCCGAUAUUUUUUCUUGAUGGUUCACAUUCAUAUAUGUAUGUUACUGAUCGAAAGUUUGGGGUCGCCUCUGUUUUUUUUUAGCUUUAUUGAUGCUUUUAAGCAGUUUGAGUUCAGAGUGUAACCUUAAAGGGUACAAACUAAAAAGUGCUAGAGGAAAAAGACCAAAAACUAAAAAUGUAUAGGUAGGUAUAAGGUAAAUGUCCAACAAACAUGCAACAUCCCAGUCUGCUCUGACCAUUCUGACAGUGGCCAAUUAGAUCUGGGACCACAUGGAAAUGGUCCAGGUCUCAUUUGAAACAAGCUGAUUUAGUUUGUGUCAGUAAAAAAGCCUAAUUUGAGUCACUUCAGCUGUAAUAUGAACGUAGCUUUGGCCCAUGUUUUGUGUCCAGCGCUGUUCAGUGAAGAGUUUAAAAUCCCUUUUAAACAUGACAUUGAUUGAACUGGAAGAAAAUGUCAAGAGGUUGCAAUGAGUUUAUUCCAGAUUUAUAUGAAGUUUUAAGCAGCAAAACAUGAAUUUAAAUUAGUAAUUCAACUUAAAUAAAACAAUCAAUUUUGUCCCUUUUUAUUUAAACAUUGGUAAUUAUAAACAAAAUAUAUUUACGUUUCAUUCCAAUAUCCGAAACGCUGAUGCAUCAAAAUUCACAAAUGCAUAAUGUGCAUGUCAAAAGCAUUUAUAGCAAAAAAAUGUGCAGUACACAAACAAGUUUGAUUGAUUACACCAGUGUUCCAGUAGUGUUGUACCAGUAUCAGGACCAGUAAAAGGCUAAUCUAAUUAUACUGUAGUUUGUAUCUGUAUGGUUUACAGAUUCAAGGAAGUGACUACAUGCAGUGUUAGAUUGUGCUGAAAUACUAUGCAUAAUUAUACACUACAUAUUGACAUUUUCUCAAACAUUACAUAAAUAUAUUGUACAUCAGGUUUACCAGGGCCUUCUACAGUCCGCUAAACUGCUGUAGUUGUUGUAGUCACUCAAAGUAGUAAAAUUGGCCAAAAAUGGGUUGCUAUUGCAGCUCUACAUCAUGCAACCUUUUUGUUUUUCAGUUAUGAUCAGUAGCUACUCGCACUGACUCUUUAAAUAAAUGUCUAUUCACAUUAUAUUGUAUCUCCAGUAGCUUAUUGAACCCUUCAAACUGACCUGGCACAGUUUGAAAACAGUAAGUAGGUUUAAUUCUUGCCUUUAUCAGUGUGUGACACCAUUUUGUUUUCUCCUACUCUUCAUGGGUGUGUAAUUGCAGCACAGUGCUCUAUUUUUAAGAGUGCAACUUUACAAAUUGUUGUUGGUUCUCAAAAUGUGUACAGAUUGUUCUAAUCACUUUAAUCAAUAACCGUACUUACGCAGUAGUUGUAACCUUUUCUGAAUGGUAAAAUGUGUUUACACUAACUGCCAUGUUUACAGGAUGUUGAAAAAGGAAUAUAUCACAGGCUUGUUAUUGUCUCUGACAACACAAUUUUAUACUUUUGCUUUUAUAAAGUGAAGCACUUUGUUAAUAUCAAUAGUCUUACUUCUGAACUGUCUGAAUCUUGCCGAACUGUCACCUGUGGACUGCUAAAAAUCUCUUUUUAAAACAUGAUCCUAUGCUUCAAGUGCACAUGUGUUUAAAUGUUUACAUGUGAACAUUGCUGAAAAUAAGCACAUUCUCUUCUUUCUCAUAUAUUUAAAAUUAAAUUGAGGCCUUUGUAAUAUACUAUAGAAUUUGAUUAUUGAUGUUUUAAUCUCUAAAUGGAAGUACUGUUAUACAUGUUUUGCUGUUGUGAACAGAGCUUCAUUUCUGUAACAUCAGAUUUUAUUAUUAGCGUUUACUUGACACCUAUAAGUGCAUUACAGCAACAUAUAAGUGCAUUACAGCAACAUACAUGCAACCUAUAUAUAACAGUCUCAACGGGUAAUGAUCUGUAGCUGUUAAACACCAAUUUGAUGACCUGUAGCACACCAAAUGUAAUAUAAAUGUAUAUCAAAAAUAAAGAAAUAUUAAUA